GUGAGUGGUUAUAGCACAACACCCUGGGCUGUGUCUUUUGAAAAACAGAAGAAGUGCUUCUGGAUCAGGUUCAUCUCAACUCUACUGUCCAGACCAGACAAUUUCCCAAGAUGCGUGCACUGCAGUUUGCCACUGCUAUUCUUGCUUCCAUCAGCCUCGGGCUGCUCCUUGCUGCCCUGGCCUCACGCGACUGGGUGAUCUUCGGCUCCAGCCACAUAGGAUUGUGGCAAAUUUGCAAUGGCAACAUCUGUCAGGCUUAUGGGGCUAUUUUUCCAGUCGAUCUUCAUGCCAUUCGAUUCUUCCUGAUGGUGGGGAUGUUAGCUGGUGCAACCUCCUUCUUAUAUCUCUGGGCCUUUACUUGUAAUCAAUCCAUUGGAUCCGUCUCGAUGGCCAAGAUUGCAGGCAUUACCAGCUUGGUAGCAGGUUUUUGUGCUCUGAUUGCCAUGUCCGUUUUCACAGGAGUGAACAAUAGUGCUUUCAUGAGGAACUAUGGAUGGUCCUUCGCUGUAGGCUGGGCCUCUGCCCCUCUGUUCUUGAUAACUGGUGGGCUCGCUUUCUAUAUGCAUAAGGGAAGAGAAAUGUGAACUCGGACAGAAACCACUCUGCCUUUGAGGUGACAUCCAGAUCUGUGUUGGGAGCAUGGGGCUCUAGUGGAGCCUGCAUUGGGACAGAUUGGACCUGGAUCAGCCUCUGCUUUUGAAGGCAAAAACCUGGGUCUGAAUUCAAACUGAGACGUCCUUCUCAUCCUCUUUGCCCAUUAUUGCCUGUAUUGCCCACAAGCUAUUUGAGGAAAGAACGCUUGUUUGUCUGAAUGUGUUUCUCUUUCUGGCAUUUGAAAAGAACCUGGAUUUGGCAGUGUAUCAUGUUUCCAAAGCUGCAUCUCUAUCUGCAAGUAUUAUGACCACCGUACAUUGCUCCUGUCUGUCUGUCGCUUUCUCAAGACCCCUGUGUGACUGUCGCAUCACACUCUUGUUGGAUCGUUGUGAGGACAAAGAAGAAGAGGAUUACGAAAGGUUUGCGCUCCGAGGGCCAUUUCACAGAUUACCCUGAGACAAGGAUGGUUUUGCUACUGAGUGUUGAUAUGCUUACUGAGCACUUCGGAGGUAGAGCGGUCUGUUAAAUCGAAUAAAUAAAUAAAUAAAUAAAUAAUAUUAUGCAGCUCUAA